AUGCGCUUCCUUCGCCCUUUUCUCCUUUCAUUAUCGGUCGUCUCGUCCUAUGCUUAUGCACAGGACCUUGAUUCAGACAGUGUUCUCAAGCAGAAGCAUGCAUACCAAAGUGAUGUUGCACGGCUGCGAAGAAUCGUGAUUAACAGGGACGUUUUCCUCCGAGAACUCAUCUCCAACGCAAACGAUGCUCUGGAGAAGCUCAGACUUAUAAGCCUAACUGUCAAGCAAGUCUGGAAUGGGUCUGAACCGUUAAACAUUUCAAUCAAAGCUGUUAAGGAUGAAGAUGGGCCUGGAGGACGUAUUAUUAUUUCUGACACUGGUAUCGGGAUGUCACCAGAGGAGCUGACUGCAAAUCUUGGAACUCUCGCGAAAUCGGGCACUGCGGAAUUCUUGCAACGAGCAGAAAGCACUGACGGAACCAAUUCUGGAAAUCUUAUAGGCGCUUUCGGUCUCGGUUUUUACUCGUCUUUCCUUGUGGCAAAUCGUUAUGAGGACGAAGUGCCUGUUGAGGAUGAGGAGUCGCUUACCCUCGAAGACACCAAGACUGAAAAAGAGACUCCUGAGGACAAAGACGAGGAUGAGGCUGUUAUCGAAGAAGUCUCUGAUGACGAGACUGAUACGACAAAAGAGAAAGAAGAGGAGACCAAGAAAGCAACCUUCCGAGACUUCACUCUUCCCCUAGCCUGGCAGUAUUUCUCCGGAGACACAGGCUCUGGCGUCUCAUUCAAGGCGAUCAUUUUCGUUCCUUCUCGUCUCGAUGAUAAGUUUUGGUCGGAGCCUCUGAACAUCCCAACGAAGGAUAUUCGUCUCCUAGUCAAACGCGUCAAGGUCAUUAUCGACGCCGAGGAUCUUCCGCUCAAUGCCUCGCGAGAGUCCUUGCAGCACACCAAAUUCCUCAAACAGAUCAAACAAAUCAUCGUCAAGCGUGUCUUCCAGUUGUUGACGAAGAUUGCUGAUGAAGACCCGGAGACCUUCGAGAAGAUCUGGCAAGCUUACGGACCAGUAAUCAAACUCGAUGCGGUCGAGAGUGCACCGAACAGGGAGAAACUAGCUGCUCUCGCAAGAUCCCGUACGACUCAACGCGACUCGGCUUCUUUGGACCAAUACUUAGAGAACCGUAAAAAGGGACAGAAACAGAUCUUCUAUCUCACCAAAGUUGGCAAACCAAUCGAUACAUUGAAACCGAUUCUCGUCCACAGGUCUUGCGGCUCGACAGUAGGACCAAUGCUCUCAAAGAUUGGCGUGAGAACAGUCGACGUCGGAAACGCGAUGCUUUCAAUGCAUUCUAUCCGGGAAACGGCAGGCAGUCACGACGUUCAACACGCAAUUGAUCUCUUCUCAUCCUUAUUUGAAGGAUUUGCAACCCUCGACAAAACCCUUUCGUUAGAAUAG